CAAACGAGGUGCAAGUUUGCAACCCCAACCAGGAAGCUUCCAAAGAAAAACCGAGAGACGAAGGCACCCGAGGAGACGAAGCUGAGAAGACGCAAACGGGGCCAGCACUGCUCUAUUCUUUCAAUUGUAGAGCAUAAUUCUUGGUUUAUUUUGUCGAGCGUUCGAUCUGUUGUGAAGGUUUUAUAAUAAACUGGUGGAGUGCUUGAUAGAUGGGGGAGCUAGCAGCUGAGAAACAUGUACAAUACAUUAUAUCCGUCGAAAAGAAUAAGGAUAGUUUUGAAUCUGUGGUGAUGGAGCAUCUGAGACUGAAUGGAGCAUACUGGGGAUUGACCACUCUGGAUCUUCUCGGAAAGCUUGAUGCUGUGGAUUCUGAUGAAGUAAUUCAAUGGAUCAUGCAGUGCCAACACGAGUCUGGUGGGUUUGCUGGUAAUAUUGGUCACGAUCCACACAUACUCUAUACCCUUAGUGCUGUGCAAGUUUUGGCCCUUUUUGAUAAGAUUAGUGUUCUUGAUGUCGACAGCGUAUCAAAUUAUAUUGCUACCUUGCAAAAUGAAGAUGGAUCCUUUUCAGGGGACAUGUGGGGUGAAGUAGAUACACGGUUCUCUUAUAUAGCUAUAUGUUGCCUUUCUUUAUUACAACGUCUGGAUAAAAUCAAUGUGGAGAAGGCUGUGAGCUACAUUGUAAGCUGCAAAAACGUUGAUGGCGGGUUUGGAUGUACUCCUGGUGGAGAGUCUCAUUCUGGGCAGAUUUUCUGUUGUGUGGGUGCUCUUGCAAUUACGGGGUGUCUGCAUCACGUUGACAGGGACCUUCUUGGGUGGUGGUUAUGUGAGCGACAAGUCAAAUCCGGAGGGCUGAAUGGCCGCCCAGAGAAGCUCCCUGAUGUCUGCUACUCAUGGUGGGUUCUUUCUAGCUUGGUCAUGAUUGACAGAGUUCACUGGAUCAACAAGGAGAAGCUGGUUAAGUUCAUAUUGGACAGUCAGGACAAGGAAAAUGGAGGCAUUUCAGACAGACCUGAGGAUGCCGUAGAUAUCUACCACACUUAUUUCGGAGUAGCUGGACUUUCACUUCUUGAAUAUCCGGGAGUAAAAGCCAUAGAUCCAGCUUAUGCCUUGCCAGUAGAUGUUGUAAACAGGAUUUUCUCUAGCAAAUGAUGUUUUCUCACGGCCGUUUUCCAUUAUUUGCAAGAAAUCCAAUGUUUGAUUAUUCUGAAACUGUGGCAUAACCUUUCAAAAUCAUAUUAGGGGAUGAGUUGAGCUUGAGCUAAUUUAUGGCAUUAGUCACCAUUUCAAUAAUGGCUGUUCCUUUUGUGCUUU